UAUGAUUUAAUAACCACCUUUAUACCAGCAUUUAAAGUUGAAAAACUUGCGAAACAAAUUCUUCAAGAUGAAGAAACUGCUCGCAUUGUUUAUCGUGCUAUGAAAGAGAGUCCAUUUCCUGAUGAUUUGGCAUUAGUAAUUAAAUGGGAUGAUAGAGGAUUUAAUGAUGUACCGAUGGCUCCUGGCUGUCGUAACGGUAUAGCCGGUCAGACGAUAAUUACUCACACUCAUGGCAAAUGGCGCAGUUGA